AAGUUGAGACACAACCUCUCAUGUACUGCUAAUAUUUCUCUGUUUCUCUCUGCUAGAAGAAAGAAGAAUCACAUUUUAUUUGAGUUGGGUGAGAAGUGAGUGAUCAAACGAUCGACAAUGGCGACGGCAAAAGAGCACAUUGAAGAAAUAAGGAGAAGCAAGUUCUCCAUUGGAGGUGAAACUAAUCCACUCACUGAGGACCUUCAUCAAGCUGUCAAAAAUCUCUCUGCUGAACUUUACGCUAAGGAUGUUCACUUUUUCAUGGAACUUGUUCAGAACGCGGAGGAUAACGAGUACCACGAAGGCGUGGACCCCUCACUGGAAUUUGUGAUUACUUCCAAAGAUAUAACGGACACCGGAGCUCAGGCGACGCUUUUAAUCUUCAAUAACGAGAAAGGAUUCUCCCGCAAAAAUAUCGAGUCCAUUUGCAGCGUCGGACGUUCUACUAAGAAGGGCAAUCGCAAACGUGGCUACAUCGGCGAGAAAGGCAUUGGCUUCAAGAGUGUGUUUCUCAUCACUGCGCAGCCCUACAUCUUCAGCAAUGGGUACCAGAUACGAUUCAGCGAGGAACCUUGCCAGCACUGCAAUGUAGGCUAUAUUGUACCUGAAUGGGUGGAGGCAAACCCAACUCUUUCAGUUAUACAACAAAUCUAUGGGUCUUCUGCUACCCUUCCAGCCACAACUAUAGUGCUACCACUGAAACCUGACAAGGUGAAACCUGUUAAGCAGCAGCUUUCAAGCAUCCAUCCUGAAGUUCUUCUCUUUCUUUCAAAGAUAAAGAAGCUUUCUGUCAGGGAAGACAAUGAGGAUCCCAGCCUUAAUACAGUUAGUGCUAUUUCAAUUUCAAGUGAGACCGAUUUUGUUAAGAAGAAGAACAUUGAUGCUGAAUCCUACAUGCUCCAUCUCUCAGCUGAUGAAAAAUCUGUUAUUGGGGAAUGCAGUUACUACAUGUGGAAACAGAAAUUUCCUGUUAGGCGGGAGCACAGGGUGGAUAGAAGAAUGGAUGUCGAUGAGUGGGUGAUCACUCUAGCUUUUCCCAAUGGAGAGCGCCUCAACAGGGGAACCAGCUCCCCCGGGAUUUAUGCUUUUCUUCCCACGGAUAUGGUCACAAACUUCCCUUUCAUAAUUCAGGCUGACUUUCUUCUAGCAUCAUCAAGGGAGACAAUCCUUCUUGAUGACAUAUGGAACCGGGGCAUUCUUGACUGCGUCCCUUCUGCUUUUGUCAGUGCUUUCACAUUGCUUGUGAGAGCUAAUGAAGGUGCUCCAGUUUCUACUCUUACUCAUAUGUUUCGCUUUUUACCAGUCAACGCAUCUCCUUAUCCAAUUCUUAACGACGUGAGAGAUUCUAUUAAAAGAAAACUGCUGGAUGAAAGUAUCAUUCCAUGCGAAUCAUACAUGGAACAACAGUUCUUCCAGAAACCCAAUGAUGUCGGUAGGCUGAUUCCUGCUUUCUGGGAUCUGCUGAACCAGGCGAGGAAGCAGGGAGUCAUAUUGCACAACAUCUCGUCCCAUGGAAGAUUCAUCGUCAACUCUGCUUUUGAUAAGGAGAUGUACAACCACAUUUUAAACUUUUUGGAGGUGAAAAAAGUUGACAAUGAAUGGUAUGCAAAGUGUAUUCAGAGUUCCAAUCUUGUUUUGGGUGUCUCAGAGGAUGUUUACUUAAAACUUCUAUCAUUUGUGGCUGAGAAAUGGUUGUCUUCUUUCAAGACAACUGAGAUGAUGAAAAUACAACUUUUGAAAUAUGUUGAUGACGAUAAUGAUGUGGCUUUAUGUAGCAUACAUGAGGCAUUGAAUGGUGAUUAUUCACUGCUUUUGUCUCGGGAGUCUGGUCACAUCUCUUGGCUGAUCAACUGGAACUCAGAAUUUCGUUUUUCCAAUCAUCUUUUCUUUGCCAAAUCAACACAAGAAGCAGUCCGGAGUCUUUCUAACUGGCAGACUGUUUUGGAUUGGCUUAGAGAUGAGGUCAAGGUGAGCUCUGUAAAUGUGUAUGAUUAUGCUCUUCUGGUUCUUAACUCACUCAGUGAUGAUCAAAAACUUGCCGUGGCUUUUUGCCACUUCUUACAUCAGUCCCUUGCGAGAAAUUAUUUAUCUAAAGAACAAGUUGCUACUCUAAGUAGUAAAAUGCCGCUUGUUGAUAACUAUGGACAUGUUGCCAGGCAAAGGAAAGGGGUCCUUGUGCCUGCUAAUGGAAGUAAAUGGGUGCAGCUGAUUGGUUCAAACCCGUGGAGAUAUGAAGGCUAUGUUGAGCUUGGAGAAGAUUAUUUGCAUUCCGGCAGCUAUGCUGGAGUUUGUACCAGCAACAAAGAGCUUCUGGGAUUUCUCAAAAUUUAUGUUGCAGCUAUGGACAUUCCUGACUUACCUCCUCCUGAUGCAGCAAUUUCCAGCUUGUCUUCUCCACUAACCAAGGAAAAUGCAUUGCUGAUGCUAGCAUGGAUUCGUAAAAUGAAAAUGAAUGUGUUUUCCUUGCCUAGAAGAUUCUUAACCUGCAUAAGGGAGGGAAGCUGGUUGAGGGUAUCUCUGAGUGGUUGCCCAGGCUACAGGCCUCCAUCAAAAUCAUUCUUCCAUACUUCAUCAUGGGGACAUCUUUUGCAGAAUGGAUCAGUUCUUGUAGAUAUUCCAUUAGUUGAUCAGGGAUUUUAUGGCAGUGAACUAAUACAGUACAAGGACGAGUUAAGUACAGCUGGUGUCAUGUUUGAAUUUAAAGAGGCAUGUACAUAUAUUGGAGAACAUUUUAUGUCUCUGGCAACUCAUUCUACUUUAACCAAAGGCCAAGUGAUGUCAAUACUCAAUUUCAUCAAGUAUUUGAGGGAGAAAUAUCUCUCCCCAGACACCUUCAUCAAUAGCAUUAAUGAUAGAAGGUGGUUGCGGACUACUCAAGGUGAUAAGAGCCCGCUGGAAUCUGUUUUCUUUGACAGCGAGUGGAAUGCUGCCUCACAUAUCAGUGACAUCCCUUUCAUUGACCAAAAGCAUUAUGGUGAUGAGAUUCUUUCUUUUAGAACAGAACUGGAGCUGCUUGGAGUGGUUUUUGAUUUCAAGCAAAAUUACCAGCUUGUUGUUGACAACCUGAGGUCUCCAGCACGCCUAGGUUGCCUGAGUUCUGAUGCUUUGCUCAUGAUUCUUAAGUGCAUUCACCAUUUGAGUUCAUCUGAUAAAAUAUGCAGGGCACUUAGGGAUAGCAAAUGUGUGAAGACCGUAAACAUGGGUUGCAAAUCUCCAGCUGAAUGUUUUUUGCUUGAUCCUCUGUGGGGCUGCCUGCUGCAGGUUUUUGGCAGUUUCCCUCUUAUUGAUACAAACUUCUAUGGAAGCGAUAUCUUGUCAUAUAAAAGCGAGUUGCAGAAACUAGGGGUGGCUGUUAAUUUUGAGGAGGCAACUAAAGCUUUUGCUUCUCUUUUUAGGCAGCAGACAGCGAAGGGUGCCUUAAACAAGGAUAGUGCCCUUUCUCUUCUUGCAUGCUACAGAAAGCUGAAGGCAGCCAGCUUUAAAUUUCCUUCAGAGCUCAAGAGCUGCUUUCACGAGGUCAAGUGGUUGCGCACUCGAAUUGGUGUUGAUAGAGNAAGUGGGGUAAAGUUUGUGCCUGAAAGCCUUCAUUUACCUGAAGACCCUAGCGUCAUUACUGUUCCAGUUGCAUUCUCGUUGUUAGACUGCUUGCGGAAGUUGGAGAUGGGGCAUAAUGCUGAUCAAAUUGCUACGUUGCGGUCAAAACUUGCUAGAAAAUGGAUGAAGACUAGUGCUGGUUACAGGUCUCCUGAUAAGUGUUUGUUGUUUGGUCCCCAGUGGAAUCCUCUCUUACAGCCAGAAGAUGGUCCUUUCAUCGAUGAUAAAUUUUAUGGCUCUGACAUUGGGUCAUAUAAGAAUGAGCUGAAGUCUCUUGGUGUUGUGGUUGAAAUUCGAGAUGGAUGCUCAUUGCUUGCCGAUUACCUUGAUUGCCACUCCUGCAGCGUCACUAUCACUCGGAUUUGCAAGUACUUGAGUAAGUUCAACUGGGAACCAACUAAAGAAGAUCCUAGAAACAUAUGGAUUCCCAAUGGUGAUAAUGAUGGAGAGUGGGUGAAUCCUGAUGAUUGUGUUCNGCACGACAAAAGUGGUUUCUUUGGCCUGCAGUUGCAUGUUUUAGAAAAGCACUAUGACAAAGAACUGCUCAGUUUCUUCUCCAAAUUAGGUGUCAAAAGCAAUCCUUCUCUUGAUGAUUUUCUCAAGCUUUGGAAGUCAUGGGAAGACGCGGACUGCAGUUUGUCACAAUCAGAGUGUCAAACCUUCUGGGAGUUCAUUGUGAAGCACUGGAGCUCAAGAACCGAGAAAUUUCUAUCUGAGAACUUGUCAAAACUACCCGUGGGUUCAGGCUCGAACGAAAUUUUGGUGCUUGAUAAACGUGAUGUUUUUAUUGCUGAUGAUCUCUAUCUGAAGGAUUUAUUUGAACAGUCUUCUUCUCAUCCCUUGUUCGUUUGGUAUCCACAACCAAGUUUGCCAUCUUUGCCUCGGCAGAAGCUGCUUGAAAUUUAUGGCUUAAUUGGUGUUCGUAAUUUGUCUGAAUCUGUUCUGAAAAAUGGCUUGUCUUCUGUUAAUUGUGUUGGACUUGAGCAGGUGCAGCCGAAGGAAAUCUUCAUCGGAAAGGGUUUGUUUAAGUUAAUCCUUGGCUUCCUUGCUGAACCUUCACUUCAAAUGGAAGCGCAUACGAGGCAUGAAGCUCUCAAAAGCCUCAUGGAUGUUAGUAUUUUUGUGACAUUGGAACCAAUAACCAUGGAUUACAGUCUGUCACUUUCUUCUGGUGAUGCCCUGAACGUGAAAGUGAGCCGAAUGAUGUGCUGGGAAAGAGAAAAUGCAAAGAUCUUUAUACAGAAGCUGGACAAAUCUGGUGGUUACAGAUGUAAGCUCGAGUUUGCUACAUAUUUCUCAGAAGUAGUUGCCGAGGGAAUUCUAAGGGAGAAAGAAGAUUAUGUGCAUCAACUGGCUGAAUUGAUCACGUUGGGAUUCAUCCUGGAAUUCGAUGAGGCUGCUGUUGGGUUCUUAAUGAAAACAAAGAAUCUGCAAAUUUUUUUGGAGGAUGAAGAAUUCCUUUCUGCUGCCUUCACUUCCGAAUAGGGAGCACAGAUGGAUUCUCUUAUAUUCAGGCCAUUUAUUAGUUAUAUCGUAAGUGCAACAUUCUUUUUACAGGGAGCACAGAUGGAUUCUCUUAUAUUCAGGCCAUUUAUUAGUUAUAUCGUGAAGAUUGGCGGAGAGGAACAAUCUAUGAAGUUAAAGGGAUGUACCCAUUUACGCUCAAACUUAAUCUUGAAAGUUGUCGUUAAAGAUGUUAAAGCUUGAUCAUCUGCUUAACUCGCUUUUCCUUAUGCAUUUGUCCUUUUUAUGGUAUAGUUAUUUGAGGUGGUUACUAAUUCACAGGUGGAUGGAGAUACAUCAAAAGAUUAACUAACCUGAAAUCUUCUAUUUGUGCAGGCAGGGAGACAUUGUUGUGAAUGGUUAGGAGAGUGUUUUGGUUGGUGUUGCCCUCAGUAGAUGCCAAAUGGGAUUUCUGUUGCUUUCUGAUCGGGCGAGAGUUCUCCUUUCUAUUUUUUAAUGCGUUUUGUUUUGUAUUUUGCUGCUCUAAGGUUUCCUGUGUAAUUUACUAAAUUUGCACUUAAGGGAUACAAUUGCUGAAAAGCUUUAUUCCUCAUUUC